AUGCCAUCACCGUACGCACACCCCGUCCCAGUGGAAACGAAAGGCAUUUCUGGUCCUAUUGAGUUCAAGGAGGGUCGUCGAAUCCAAUUCAAGUUAGACUUACUCAAACUGAAACAGCAUUCUCUCGUUAAGGUGGGUGAGUGGAGACCUGACUCAGGUGUGAAUAUAACAGACGUCUCUGCAUUUUUUGAACAAGGAAUAGUAAAUGUCACUUUAACAGUCAUAACAAUUCCGGAAAAGCCAUAUGUAAUGAUGCAUAAGGAAAAAAACUACACGGGUAACAAUCGGUUUUACGGGUUUUGCGUGGAUUUGCUCGAAGCAGUGUCAAAAGGUGUAGGCUUCAAUUACCGUUUGGAGCUCGUUGAAGAUCGCAAAUAUGGCGCGAAAGAUCCAGAGACUGGCGAGUGGAAUGGCAUCGUUAAUGAACUCAUGCGACAUGAACAGCCCUACGUUAUGCUGAGGAACACCGGAAAUUUCAGCGGUAACGAACGGUACGAGGGAUUUUGCAUCGACCUUCUAAGAGAGAUAGCACAAAUGGUUGGCUUUACCUACAAGAUCGAGUUAGUGCCGGAUGGCAAGUACGGUGUUUACGAUUACGAGACUGGCGAGUGGAAUGGAAUUGUACGGCAAUUGAUGGAUAAGAAGGCUGAUUUAGCAGUAGGUUCAAUGACUAUAAAUUAUGCAAGAGAGAGUGUAAUCGACUUUACGAAGCCAUUUAUGAACCUCGGAAUCUCCAUACUCUUUAAGGUACCAACGAGUCAUCCCGCUCGAUUGUUCUCGUUUAUGAAUCCUUUAGCAAUUGAAAUUUGGCUAUACGUUCUCGCUGCUUAUGUCCUGGUCUCUGUAACAAUGUUCGUCGUCGCACGAUUUAGUCCCUACGAGUGGAAUAACCCACAUCCGUGCCAUUCGGGCCCGACGGAAAUCGUCGAGAAUCAAUUCUCCUUGGCAAAUAGUUUUUGGUUCACCAUUGGAACGCUGAUGCAGCAGGGUAGCGAUCUCAAUCCAAAGGCAACAAGUACUCGAAUCGUUAGUGGAGUUUGGUGGUUCUUUACCCUCAUAAUAAUAUCAUCGUACACAGCAAACCUCGCGGCAUUUUUGACUGUCGAGCGGAUGAUAACUCCAAUCGAACAUGCUGAAGACCUUGCUGGCCAAACUGAUAUUACUUAUGGGACUCUCGACAGUGGUAGUACCAUGACAUUUUUUCGAGACUCAAUGAUUGAAACUUACAAAAAAAUGUGGCGGUUCAUGGAAAACAAAAAACCUUCAGUGUUUGUUUCUACUUAUGAAGAAGGAAUCCAGCGAGUGCUACAAGGCGACUACGCGUUUCUAAUGGAAUCUACGAUGCUGGAUUAUAUUGUACAGCGAGACUGUAAUCUCACCCAAAUUGGUGGGCUACUUGAUAGCAAAGGAUAUGGAAUUGCAACCCCGAUGGGUUCGCCGUGGCGUGAUAAAAUUUCACUUGCAAUAUUAGAACUUCAGGAGAAGGGUGAAAUUCAGAUGCUAUAUGAUAAGUGGUGGAAAACCCCAGGAGAUACUUGCAUGAGAACUGAGAAGGGAAAAGAGAAUAAAGCGAACGCUCUGGGUAUUUCGAAUAUAGGUGGAAUAUUUGUUGUUUUAUUGUGUGGACUAGCAUUUGCAGUAUUAAUUGCAAUAUUUGAAUUUUGCUACAAUUCAAAACGUAAUUCCAUAUCCGAACGGUCAACAUCAUCAGCACAACCACCUCCCACAUGCUCAGGCUCGCUGCAAGCAAUCCCGCAGAGUAUGCAACAGCAGAAUCAGCAGCAAGAGUCUUUAUGCACCGAAAUGAUGCGUGAAUUAUACCGCGCGCUCCGCUGCCGCUCAUCGUCUCAGAGACGACGAGCUUGCGAGAAAUGUUCCACUCACGUUGUGGGUUAUCCAUUGGAUAAUAUCUCCGCAACUCCUUUUAAUGGAAUGAGAUCUCAGCAAAGCAACCUAGGAGUAGCAAACGAAUUACCGCCAUCUCACAUUCACUUGCAUCAUAGUUGA